AUGGCAUCGGCCUCGUCCAGCCCGCCUCAUAAUGAUGAUCCUUUCGAUCUGGGUCCCAGGACCCCCUCCGGCCUAGCCAGAGGAGCGCGUGUCGCCCUUCUGCGCAACAGCCCCGCCACCCGUGAGGGCGAGAUCGGCGUCUCGCGCUCUGCGCUACGGACGGCAUACACGCCGUCAUCGCCGCUUCACGCGGUCUCCUACGCUGUAGCCACGGAAGGAGCUCAGCGCGCUGUCCAUUUCGACGCUAGCGAACCCGACCCGCAGCCCGGUGACGGUCCCGUCUCAAUCACUAAUGCCGCCGACAAGCUCGUGCUCGCCCAGAACGAGGUCUAUAGCGCCAAACUAGCCGUGUUCAAAGCCUUCUGCUCCUCAUUCGACGACACGGCGAAACAGUUCACUUCUGGACCCGCACUUCAAUUCGCCCAGAAGUUUUCUAGCAGCUUCCUGCAGUACUGGACCGACGUACUCGCCGGCACGCACACCAACCUCCCUCCGACGAAGCCCUCCUACGCAGCUGCCGUCGGCGCCAGACGCCCAGCCCCAGCUGCUGCGGGGACCACCGCAGACCCUGUCAGCGCAGCUCCGCAGAAUCAAUGGCAACAACAGUUGCCCCCGCGUCGUCAGGGGCAACGCAAACCGCUGCCUCCACCGACAGACGACUUCCGGGUCUUCGCCCGCCUCCGCCCCGGCAUACCGCCGACUUGUCUCGAAGUUUCGCCGUCCGGACCCACAUCGCCGACAAGCUCGGCAUCGCCCGGAGCCGCCGAGUGGGCUCCUGACAUCUCCGCACAGAUCGUUGAAAAGCGACAAGAGUGGUACACGUAUGUGGUCCAAGGCUGCCCACGCCGCUUCAAUAACAUUUUUGGCGAAGCCAUCGACGACGAGAAGGCGAUCCGAGACGAGGUCGCCACGCAAACCGGCCAAACCCCGGAGAGGGUGAUAACUGCGAAACAGGACUCGGAUCAGCGCCCGACCCGGACCCUGAUCAUAUCCUUUGCCAAGGAGGUCAAGCACUAUUGGCGCCUUUUCGACACGACGAGCUAUGCGAGACUCAUCGUCAAGACCAACCCGCCGAAGCAAUGUGAUAAUUGCUGGGACUACCAUUCACGCUACAGCUGCGGACGCCAGGCACGCUGCAAGAACUGCGGCAAGACUGGCCACGCCCAGGAUACCUGUACAGCCACACAGCAAUGCGCCAACUGCCACGGGCCGCACGCGGUUGACUUUCCCCAGUGCCCGGCUCGCCCCAAGAAGGUGAACGGAGCAUUCCACAGCCUCAAUAGGCCCGAGAAGAAACUUGUCCAAAUCAUGGGCAAACGACUGUUCAAGCAGUUUACAGCGAAACCAGCAUCUCCACCGCGGGAUCAGUCCACGAGCCUCGAAUCCGACUCAGCGACAGCGAGCGACACUACCUCCCCGUCCAGCCGGAGCACACCGACGACAAGCAACGCAAUCACACCGGAGCCCGAGAGGGAAAAUAGUGCAUCACGCCCUAGCGAAACACCCUCCGCCUCUUCGGCAGCUCCAGCUGCCCCGAACAGCCAAGCAUCGCCGACUCCAAGCUCCGAAAGCUCCUCCAGCGGUAGGCAAAACACUGCAGCAUCGGCCAGCCCCAUCAAACCCACUUCAGCUACGCCCAUGAACUCCGCCGAUUCGGUACUCCUUCGAGCCUCGUCGGCACGCAGCGAAAGAAGUAAUUCUCCGCCCGUGAGGCAGAGCAUCGAGAUGUCUCAAGAACCGAACGAACGACAGCAUCGUGACAAGCGACUCUUCCGGGUCUUUCAAGCCAAUGUCGGCAAGAAUGGCCCCUCGCACGAUUGCGCACUCGCCCUUGCUGACGCAGAACGAUACGAGGUCAUACUACUACAGGAGCCCUGGACGCAAGUCCGCGACUCCCGCUGCCUCACCAAGACACACCCAGCGUACGACACCUACUCACCGAUCAGCACCUGGGAAGACAUCGACACCCGACCGCGCGUCAUGACAUAUAUUCGCCGGGGUGCAAGACUCUUAGCGGACCAGCAACGUCCCGCUCUCUCCCGAGACAUUCUCUGGCUCGUGGUCAAUGGCGUCACCCUCGUGAACGUAUAUCGGGAACCGAACAUGGACACCGCCCUCGAAGUCCUGUUCGCAUGGCCGAUUCCCAGCCAAUGUAUCAUCGCAGGCGACUUUAACGCGAGGCAUCACACGUGGCAGAUUGGCCCCUCCCGCAGCCACGGCGGCAUCAUCGCAGAAUGGGCCGCAGAAAACGAUUUAGAUCUCCUCAAUCCGAUUAACACACCCACGAACGCCCACGGCAAUACCAUAGACCUGGCCUUCUCGAAUAUUCUCCUAGCCGAGGCGACGGUGGAGGACCACCUUGCCACGAGCUCGGACCACUUUACCCUCAGCAUCUCUCUCCCGGCUCUUAAGCCGGCAACGCUCCCGCCUGGAAAGAUUCUUCUCGCGAGCGACGAGGAACUGAAGCGGUUCACGGAGCUGGUUGUAUCAGGGGCCACAAUUAUUCCCCAGGCAGCAACGACGGUCGUAGAUCUUGACCGGCUCGCGGAUGCAAUUAUAGACCUCAUACAAUCCGCAGCUCGUGCGGCUGGCCGGCGAUCUCAACGUAGACCACGGAAGGCCCCGUGGUGGAACGAGGAAUGCGCAGCAUCUAUCGCAGAGCUCCGCUGCGUCAGACGAGCAUUCCCACUCGGCUUCAACCGCGACGUACAGCUCGCUCGCCGCGACCUGCGACGGGUGGUGCGACGCGCGAAGCGGGCAUACUGGCGCGAACUGAUUGAUGGCGUGCGAAGCGACAAAGACGUUUUUAAGAUCACGCGAUGGCUGAAGCGACCCGGGGUGUUCCGCCCUCCCCCUCUACAGGUCGGCGAAACAACCAUUGAAACUCAAAUCGGCAAGGCCGAGGCCCUACGGCACGCUACUCUCGAGCGCAGAACUGCAGACGACGACAUCUCCGACCCCUGGACGCCGUCAGAAGACACCCUACCCAUCCCCUUCUCGCCCAAUGUCCCCAUUGAGGAAGUCCAGGACGCUCUGCUGCGCACAGGCAACACGUCGCCAGGAUCGGACAACAUCACGGAGUGCCUGUCCCUUGGCUAUCACCCUCUGAGGUUCAAGGAGGCCGAAGUGGUCAUGAUCGAAAAGCCCGGCAAGCGUGAUCUUUCCAAGACACGGGCCUGGAGGCCAAUAUCACUGCUCUCAUGUCUCGGCAAAGGACUUGAAAGGCUUAUCGCUCGUCGCCUGGCUUGGGCCUCGAUACGAUACGGUAUCCUGCAUCCACAGCAGAUUGGCGCCCUACCAAAGAGAUCCGCGGUCGACCUAGUCGCCGCCCUUGUGCACGAUAUCGAAACAGCUCUAGCCAAUGGCCAAGUCGCUACGCUAGUCACAAUGGAUGUACAAGGAGCUUUCGACACCGUCAUGCGUAAUCGACUUAUCCUCCGACUCCGGCAACAAGGGUGGCCACCGCAUCUCGUCAGAUGGGCCGGCUCCUUCAUGCGAGACCGCUCGGCCGCAAUCCGAUUCCAGGACGUCACAACGCCAGCGUCGCCUCUUCGAUGCGGCCUCGCGCAAGGCUCACCUGUAUCGCCAAUCCUCUUCGCUCUGUACAUCGCCCCUAUCUACCGCCUUGGGAACUCCGAUGGUCGAUUCGGCUACGCAGAUGACACGGCAAUGCUGCGCACCGGGCGAACGCUCGAAGAAACGACUGCCCUCGCGUCUCGUGACAUGGAAGAACUCCUGGUUUGGGGUGCCGCCAACGGCGUCACUUUCGACCCGGACAAAACCGAGGUGAUGCACUUCUCUCGGAAGAAGAGCCCCUCCCGGCCCUCCGUAUUCCAAGGCGGCACCGAGAUCGUCCCUGGAAACGCAAUGCGCUGGCUCGGGCUCUGGCUCGACCGGAGGCUCUCCUUCAAAUUCCAUGUGGACGAGUGGUCCGCCAAAGCCAGGCGAGUAGCCAACCUCCUCAAAGGCAUCGCAAACACCAAACACGGCCCUCUUCCGCGCGCCGUCCGCAGAGCAGUCAAGGCAUGCGUCGAGCCGACCUUGUUCUACGGCGCAGAGGCGUGGUAUCCCGGAGAGGUGGCGCCUAGCGUUGCAAACCCGAACCGCAUCGUGUCCACGCAAGUAAAGCACCUCGUGCUACGCCUGGACAAGGUCCUGAGACACGCCGUCCGAGCUGCCCUUCCUGUGUGGAAGACGACCCCGAUCCCAGCCAUGCACCGCGAAGCUGGCACGCCGCCUGCGCACAUCGCACUCGCCGCUCAGCAGAUCCGCUUCGCGGCACGCCUGAAGUCUCUCGACGGGCGCCAUCCCCUUGUUAAAAGGGCAUCGCGGAAACCGCCUCGAGCGCGGCACACUCGGAACCCCAGCUCGACCCGACGUGUCAAGCCAACGUUUCAGUCGAGGCUGCAACGCACCGACCAACUCCUCCCGAAAUGCCAUCGCCCGGCGCUCCUGCUGCGCCGCUACUCCGACACAGAAGCCAGCCCUCUUCAGACUGCAAACAAAGCCGAAACCGCUGGUGACUUCCUCGAAUGGCUUGGAAACGCCGCCGCAGCCACGCUCAUCGUCUACUCCGACGGGUCGCAACUCCCAAACGGCGCCGUGGGAUUCGGCUUUACAGUACACCGGGAUAAGCAAUCGCUAGUCCAAGGAUCGGGCAGCUUAGGCCCAUCCGAAGUCUUCGAUGCUGAGGCAACCGGCGCCCUAGAAGGCCUUCGGGCCGCUCUCCGCCUGGGCGACACUCGAAGCGAAGUCGUGGUCUGUACCGACAAUCUCGCUGUAGCCAGUUGUCUGCGAGGCAACCCAGCCGACUCGUCGCAGGACAAGUUCACCAAGUUCCAAGAACUGGCGACCUCGCACGGAAACGUGCAGGUCCGCUGGAUACCAGGACACACCAACAUACCGGGCAAUGAGGAGGCUGACGGCCUCGCCAAAGCGGGCUGUUUGCAGCCUGAACCAUCAGAAGCCAUGCCAUCGCUGGCCCACCUGCGCCGACUUGCGAGGCAGGAAUCGAGAGACGCCUUCAAGGCUUGGUGGUCAACUGAAGCGCCAGAGUCAUACAAGACUCUGAACCUCGAGGCGACCACAAGCUGCCCUCCAGAGCUGGCGCUCCCAAGGGCAACGCUCCACAGCCUCCUUGCGGCAAGAUCUCGCCACGGAGACUUCGCCGACUACCACGAGCGUUUCAAUCAUGACGACGCGCGACUUGACUGCUCAUGCGGACGACGCAAAGCACCAGAGCACCCGUUCUACUGCAGGAAGGUACCGCCACGGCUCCGGAUGAGGCUGGCACCCUCACCGGCCGAAGCGAUGCACCAUGCGGUAGGCAAGGGCUUCAAAGCCUUCGUCGAGAUGACGUCGGAAAGCUCCUUCUUCCAAAGGAUCUGCCCGCGCCAUUAG